AUGCCCGACACGAGCCUUCUUGGUGUCAAGGAAAAGUACAGCUUUCUAGACGAUUACAGUCAAGGUGCCCAUCCUCAGCUGCUGGAGGCUCUCAUCGCAAGCAACCACACGCAGGAAACCGGCUAUGGCAAUGACAGAUACUCUGCAGAAGCCAAACGGAACAUUCGCGCCCAUCUAGGCUGCGAGGAUGUCGGCGUCUUCUUUGUUCCAAGCGGAACAUCUGCCAACGCCAUAUCGAUUGCUGCUUGUCUUCGACCUCACGAGGCGGUCAUCGCAGCCACCUCCGGGCACAUCGUCACCCGUGAGACGGGCGCCGUAGAAGCGAGCGGCCACAAAAUCAUCACCGUUCCACCCGUGAACGGCAAGCUAACCACCGAGACCAUCACCAAGGCGUUGGACGAUAACUGGCACUUUCCCCACAUGGCAAAGCCUCGACUCGUCUACAUCUCAAACGCCACAGAAGUCGGGACGGUCUACUCCAAGGGGGAGCUGACAGCCAUCAAGAGGCUUUGCGAGGCAAAGGGGCUCCUCCUGUUCAUGGACGGAGCCCGCAUCGGGGCCGCCUUGACGUCGACCAAGAACGACCUGACGCUCUCUGAUGUCCUGGAGCUGACUGACAUCUUCUGGAUCGGAGGGACCAAGAACGGCGCUCUGCUUGGCGAGGCCGUGGUGGUCAAGGACCCCGGCCUGGCCCAAGACUUUGAGUUCUACGUCAAGCAGCACGGCUCCCUGCUAGCCAAGGGCCGCAUCAUGGGGGUUGCGUUUUCCGAGCUGUUCCGCGGCGACCUGUACUUUGACCUGGCUCGACGCGGCAACGUUGCCGCGGAGAAGCUCUCGCGCUCGAUAGUCGGUGCUGGUUACGCUCUGCGUGCCGAAACGGAGACCAACCAGGUGUUUGCCAUUCUCCCCGUGGACCUGGUGCAAGAGCUGCAAAAGGACUUUGUCUUUUACGUCUGGGAGAAGUGCGGCGAAGACUGGGCGGUGGUGCGGUUGCUGACCACCUGGGCGACUGAUAUUUCGCAGCUCGAAAAGUUUAACCAGACGGUUCUGAGCUGGUCUCGGUGA